AUGAGUCCAGACGAGCAGAAAGAACCUGGAAUACCCAAAAAGAUAUCUGACGUAGAAGAGAUCAUCAUACGAUGUGAAUGUUAUGUUGAAAAGGACGGCGAAGACCGACUGGCUGAAAUACUAUCCAUAAACUCAAGGAGGUCUCCACCACGAUUUUACGUGCACUAUGUGGAUUUCAACAAGCGUUUGGACGAGUGGAUCACAGCUAAUCGAAUAAAUCUCGAGAAGGACGUGAUAUUUCCAAGUCCUAAAACGGUAGAUGAAGAUGCCAAUAAACAAAAAAAAAAGAAGAAGAAAGCCUCAGUCGAACCCUCGACGCUUGACAGCCAGGAUAGCAAGCAAAAUACACCAGAAUCUGCAGAUGUUAUGGACUUGGAUAACUUGAACGUACAAGGGUUGAAAGAUGAAGAGCUGUCUCGCGAGGACGAAAUCAAAAAGUUAAGAACGUCUGGAUCAAUGACACAAAAUCCUCAUGAGGUUGCUCGUGUGAGAAAUAUAAACCGUAUUAUUAUGGGGAAAUAUCAGAUCGAGCCUUGGUAUUUUUCUCCAUACCCCAUAGAACUCACCGAUGAAGAUAUAGUGUAUAUUGAUGAUUUCACUUUACAAUAUUUUGGAUCUAAAAAGCAGUAUGAGCGUUAUAGAAAAAAAUGCACGCUGCGACACCCUCCAGGCAAUGAAAUCUACCGGGAUGACUAUGUUUCUUUUUUUGAGAUUGAUGGGAGGAAGCAGAGAACGUGGUGCAGAAAUCUUUGUUUACUAUCAAAAUUAUUCCUGGAUCACAAAACGUUAUAUUAUGAUGUAGAUCCUUUUUUGUUUUAUUGCAUGACCAAAAGAGAUGAACUGGGUCAUCACCUCGUUGGCUACUUUUCUAAGGAAAAAGAAUCUGCUGAUGGAUAUAAUGUUGCUUGUAUAUUGACGCUACCACAAUAUCAGAGAAUGGGAUUUGGUAAGCUGCUAAUAGAGUUUUCUUACGAACUUUCAAAAAGGGAAGGUAAAGUCGGUUCACCUGAAAAACCACUUUCUGAUUUAGGUUUGCUUUCUUACAGAGCUUAUUGGGCUGAUACAUUGAUUACAAUAUUGGUUAAUCAUGGCCGAGAAAUUACAAUCGAUGAGAUAAGUUCCAUGACAUCGAUGACAACGACAGAUGUUUUACAUACAGCAAAAACUUUGAAUAUUCUUAGAUACUAUAAAGGGCAGCAUAUAAUCUUCCUAAAUGAAGAUGUCAUGAAAAGAUACGAUCUACUGAUGUCUAAAAAACGCAACAGGAUCACUCCCGAUAAUCUAAUUUGGAGGCCUCCCGUAUUUACGGCAUCACAAUUAAGAUUUGCUUGGUGA